AGAAGUAAGAGAUCUCUGUUCCUCGUCGAUCAUAUAUAGCGCCUAUCAGUGGAACUAGGCGUACAAGUAGAAGUGCAGUGCACGAACCCAGAAACAAUGGCGACGGAAUCGGUGGCCUUCGUCGCGGUGCCGUUCCCUGCGCAGGGCCAUCUGAACCAGCUCAUGGACCUGUCCCUGCUGGCCGUGUCGCGGGGGCUCUCGGUGCACUACGCGGCGCCGGCCGCGCACGUCCGGCAGGCGCGGUCGCGCGUGCACGGCUGGGACGCCAAGGCCCUCGGCUCCGUCCACUUCCACGACCUCGACGUCUCCUCCUUCGAGUCCCCGGCGCCCGACCCGACCGCCGUGUCUCCCUUCCCCAGCCACCUGAUCCCCAUGUUCGAGGCCUUCACCGCCGGCGCGCGCGCCCCUCUGGCCGUCCUCCUCGCGAGCCUCUCGGCCACCCACCGCCGCGUGGUGGUCGUGUACGACAACAUCAACUACUUCGCCGCGCUGGAGGCGGCGCGGCUGGGCAACGGCGAGGCGUACGGGCUGCAGUGCGUGGCCAUGUCGUACAACGUCGCGUGGCUGAGCGCAGGGCCCGGGCACCAGCUCCUCCGCGACCACGGCCUCCAGGCCCUCCCCUUCGACGCGCCCAUGUCCAAGGAGUUCAUGGAGUACAUGUACCGGGCAACGGCCGAGGCGCGGGAAGAUGGAGGCGCCGCCAGGGCCGGGCUCGUCAUCAACACUUGCCGCGUGCUGGAGGCCGAGUUCAUCGACGCCAUCCCGGAGCACCCGGAGUACAAGGGCCAGAAGCUCUUCCCGGUCGGGCCACUGAACCCGUUGCUGGUGGACGACGCGGUGCCGGGGAGGACGCGGCACGAGUGCAUGGACUGGCUCGACGCGCAGCCUCCGGCGUCGGUGCUCUACGUGUCCUUCGGAACCACGUCGUCUCUCCGGGGAGAGCAGAUCGCGGAGAUGGCCGCGGCGCUAAAGGGAAGCAAGCAGAGGUUUAUCUGGGUGCUGCGCGACGCCGACCGCGCCGACAUUUUCGCGGACUCCGGCGAGAGCCGGCACGACAAGCUGCUGUGCGAGUUCACUAAAGAAACCGAGGGGACGGGGCUGGUGAUCACCGGGUGGGCGCCGCAGCUGGAGAUCCUCGCGCACGGCGCCACUGCGGCGUUCAUGAGCCACUGCGGCUGGAACUCCGCCCUGGAGAGCCUGAGCCACGGCAAGCCGAUGCUCGCGUGGCCGAUGCACUCCGACCAGCCCUGGAACGCGGAGCUUCUCUGCAAGUACCUUAGGGUCGCCAUCCUCGUCAGGCCGUGGGAGAAGCACAGCGAGGUGGUGCCGGCGGAGGCCAUCCAGAAGCUGAUCGAGGAGGCGAUGCUCUCAGAGAAUGGGAUGGCGGUGCGGCAGCGGGCGAAGGUGCUCGGUGACGCCAUCCGUGCCUCUAUGGCGGAAGGCGGCUCCUCCAGAAAUGGCCUCGACGACUUCAUUGCUUACAUCACCAGGUGAUUGAAGAGGUUUUAGUUACCGAAUGCCCUCGCUCACCCAGGAGUAGUUGUUUUCAAAACACUGGUAGUACUCCGUACCAAUUUUUGAUUUCGAAUUAUGUUCAAAAUAAAUUAGAUUCCAAACCAUGCAUGUAAUCUUCACACGAUGCAAACUGUAUGAUGCAAUCUACUCUAGCUUAAUUGCGGAACUGUUUGGCUACACCA